UCUUUAAAUAAAUCUUGACUUAAAAUUAAAUGCGAAGAAAAGGAACGGUAAACACUGUUGCUUAGCAACGGCGUGUCGACGCCACUAACAAAAAUGGCAGACAGAACACCCAGACCCGCGCUACCUCCUUUAAAAAAGCCUCAAACGUCUUACUCAGAAAGGCCUUCCAGACCCAGACCUCAGAGCAGUUCUUCAUCUGCUCCUUCAAAGAAACCACCACAAAUGGACCUCUUAGCCAAAGAAGAGGAAUACAAACGUCUGAAUGCAGAGCUUGAAGCAAAAACAGCAGAACUUGUUCGGGAAGCAGAGAAAGUUAUGAGGGAUCAAAAUGAGGUGCUUUCCAAAACAAUGUCCUCCCACCUCUCCAUUGAUACUGACUGUGAUUUUGAGGUUUCUGGGAUGGCGGAUAUAAAAAAACAAACAACAUCUAAACAGUCCACUACGAUCAUGAAAAACAAGAACUUCUCUGAAAAAUCUUCAAAGGCAAACAAGCCAGGCUCAGGAAAUAAAAAGAAUCCUCAUGUCAACAGAAAGGCAACACACACUGUGGUUGAUGAUGUUGCUAUUCCUGAAGACUUUGGAGAUUUCUCACUUGCUAAGACAAUCAGCACAAUCGAGAACAGAGUUAGUGAUGAUCUCACUGAGGAACACUUGCAGGAUGACAUCAUGCCCAGUGCUGGAGAUGAGAUGGGCGCAGAAGCUCAGAUCAGGUUUUUGAAGGCUAAACUUCGAGUAAUGCAGGAAGAAUUAAACAGACUCUCAAAUGAAUGCAACAAGAAGGAGGAUGAAAACAGCACUUUAAGUAGUAAACUGAAGGACGUGGAGGAGGAAAGGGCAAGAUUGCAGAGGACUACAAAUAUCCAGCAAACUCAGGUUGAGAAGCAAAGAGCUUUAACUGAAGAAUCCAGUCAGAAAUGUGAAGGUCUGCAACAGCAAGUCGCAGCACUGCAAAAGGAGUUGGAAAGCAUGAAGAGGACCCAUAAGCAGGCAGCCAGUACACACAGUGCAACAGAAGUGCGGUUGAAUAGAGCUCUGGAGGAGAUUGAGAAGACUAAAACUCAGCUCAACAAACUCAAACAGAGCAGUAAGGAUUCAAUCAGUCAGGAGCACCAAAAGAUUGAAACCCUACAAGCUGAGAACAGAAAGCUGGAAAGACAAAAUGCUGAGCUCAUCAUGGGUUUUAAAAAGCAACUUAAGCUAAUAGAUAUUUUAAAAAGACAGAAGAUGCAUUUUGAAGCGGCCAAGCUGUUGUCUUUCACUGAAGAGGAGUUCAUGAAAGCUUUGGAUUGGGGAAAGGAUGGAGUCUCAUAGCUUUCUAUUUUGUACUUUAUAAAUAGAUUUAAAAAUAGAUGAUGGUGGGUGUACAACAUACAGUUUAAAUUUCAAGAGCUCAUUCAGAGUUUAACAAUCUUCAAACUUAAAUAAAAAUAUUCUGAAUAUCA